AUGAUUAUUCUCGAAAGAUGGGAACCUACAACCGCAAGAGAUUUCCCAUCCCAAAUUCCUUUCACGAUCAAAGUCCAAGGCAUACCUCUUCACCUUUGGUCUGAUGAAACCCUCAAAAGCAUAGCCGAUGAUAUUGGUGUCUUAGAAUCUUCUGAAAUUAUCUCCACAGAGGCAAAAAUGCAAGUGACUAUAAAUGGACUUCAGCCACUCAUCACUACUACGUCGGUAGAGUUCGCAACUGGCGAAGAAGCGGAAGCUUUCCUGGUCUAUGAAAAACUCGAGAAACACUGCAUCAGCUGCUUUAGCCUCAACGAUGAUGUAAAGGACUGCACUAAUCUAGACAACUCUCCGGAGAAGGAUACUGCGGUGAACCUGGAGACAAGCCGAACAAUCCGAAGCUCUAAUCCGCAUAGGGAACACAUCUUGGAACAAUCUUAUCGACCUACGGCUCCUCAGUUCUCACACAGACCUUACCAGAAAUCGACUGAGAAUGCUUUCAAAAACUACCCAAGGGAGCGUAAUUCGAGCGAUGCUUAUUAUUCCUCUCAAGUUACAAAGACUAGACAUGAUCGGCAGGGAUCAAGCAGAGCAAGAAGGUAUCAGACACCACCUCAAUGGAUCGAAAAGCCUAGAGUAUCAGAGACUCGGAGAGAAGAGGAAUCUACUUUCUCGGCGGGAUCCUCUAGGCAGAGGAGACCACCCCUGGAUAGAGAACCAUCCCCCACGGUUCCAAAUGCUGAGUUACCCAGAGAAGCGUUGAACACCGCCAUGGGUGAAAUCCGGGAUGUUCUGGUCCAAUACUCCUCCUGUGCAGAUCCUUCGGAAAGUGCAGCAAGAAAGGAGAGACACAGAUUAGCAGAAGAAAAUGGAGACAUCCAGGAACAAGCGGCUCAAAUGGUGAGAGCAGCUCUGGCUGCUAAAGCAUUAGCAGCGUCUUUUGAGGAAGCAGAGAGGGUUGCCCGACUAUCUCCUUCCCACAGCCCCACUGGGAGACCUAUUGAUCGAAUCCCAACCUCCCAAAGGCUAGGUCCACCGGUAGAGCCACCUGAAACAUGCCAACAACUGCUCUCAAGCCCUGUGACAGCAAAAAAACGAGGAAGACCAGCAGGGAAGAAAACUAACGUAAAAGGACCUCUGCUGCAAGGAAGCGGGUCCCAGAAACGAAAAGUUGCUCAGGUGAUGCAGUCCCCAAGGAAAAGACAAAACUCAGCAUCCCCAAGAGCAUCGGGAAGGGGAACUACUCGAACAUCUGGUCCACGAACUAGUAACACAUCUCGACAAGCAGGAACCGGCUCAAGGUUGGGGAAUCCCUGGACAGUUCGACGUCUCAAGGAGAUCCGCAAGAGAGUAGACCCGGAUAUCAUCUUCCUGUCAGAGACAAAAAAUCCCGAUCCUUUUGUGAUGACGAAAGUAGAAAGCCUUGGCUACCACAACAUCGCUUUUGUAUCCCCAUCGUCAGUUGCUAGUGGUGGACUCUCGCUUCUAUGGAAACAAGAAAUCCCAUUAGACAUUAUUUCCUCUUGUACUAACUACUUUGAUACUCAGAUAACGUAUGAAGGUCUCGUUUUCUAUUCUACCUUUGUUUAUGGAGAUCCGGAAAGGGCCACAAGAAAACAAGUUUGGGACCAGCUCAUAGGCUUAGCACAAGUGCGAGACGAUCCCUGGUUCCUGUCAGGGGAUUUUAACGAUAUAAUCAAUAACUCGGAAAAAGAGGGAGGACCUAUCAGAGAUGAAGGAACCUUCAGUGAUUUCCGCACCUUUCUCUCUGAAGGAGACUUGUACGACUUAAGACACUCUGGCUGCUGCCUAUCUUGGAGAGGCAGAAGAAACAACCACCUUGUUAAAACCAGGCUAGAUAGAGCCCUUUCAAACAAUGAGUGGGCAGAGCUCUUCCCAUCUGGUCGUUGCGAAUACUUGAGAUUUGAAGGCUCGGACCAUCGACCCAUUGUCUCCUAUUUUGGCCCUACGAGGAAGAAGAGAAAAUCCAGCUUUAGAGCUAUUGUCCAGUGGAGUAAAGACCAACAAGUGAAUAGCCAAAACCAAAUAGAAUUGCUGAAGCAAGGCAUUGAAGCGAAAAUGAUAAGCCCCUCACCCAAUGAGCUCUUGCUGGCUUCUCUAACGGCAGAGUUAAAUAAGGCGUACAAUGCAGAGGAGUCCUUCUGGAAGCAAAGAAGCAGUCAGCUCUGGUUGAAUCGAGGGGAUAGAAAUACAAGUUUCUUCCAUGCUUCUGCACGAAAAAGAUUUGCAAUCAAUAAAUUCUCGGUAAUAGAAGAUGAGGAAGGCAUAGUCCAUUUCAAAGAAGAUCAAAUAGUCAAGGUUAUUACCGAGUAUUUCAGAAGCUUAUUCUACUCUCACGCUCAGAUGAGCGAGCAGAAAAGAGCCAUCAUCACGGAGGCUCUACAACCUUUGAUCUCAGACAGCACCAACCAAGAACUAAUCAAAGAUCCAUCUCACUCUGAGAUCAAAGAGGCUCUUUUCGCUAUUCAUGCAGAGAAAGCACCUGGGCCUGAUGGCUUCUCUGCAAGUUUCUUCCACUCAAACUGGGAAGUGGUGGGUCCGGACAUUAUCGCUGAAGUGGAGACUUUCUUCCGUUCUGGAGAACUACCUCGAAGUUCCAAUGAUACCCACAUCAGACUGAUUCCUAAAAUUCUUGGACCAAGGAAAGUGAGCGACUACAGACCGAUAGCCCUCUGUAACGUCUGCUAUAAAGUGAUAUCCAAGCUACUAUCUCGACGGCUACAACCUCUCCUGGAUGGUCUUAUCUCUGAAAAUCAAUCGGCUUUUGUACCGAAGAGAGCUAUCUCUGAUAAUGUGCUAAUCACACAUGAAGUUCUUCAUUUCCUGAAAGUAUCCAAAGCAAAGGUAUCAUGUUCCAUGGCAGUAAAGACAGAUAUGAUCUCUUACUCUUUCCUCAUCAAUGGAGCUCCAAGAGGAUCGAUCAAACCCUCACGAGGAAUCAGGCAGGGAGAUCCGCUAUCCCCUUACAUCUUCAUCAUCUGUAGUGAAGUUCUUUCCGGCUUGUGUAGAAAAGCGCAGAUCCUAGGCAAACUCCAAGGGAUUUGA